AUGGCGGAGGCGGCAGCGGCGGGGGUGAGCUACUCGCCGCCUUGGUGGGUCAACCUCCUGCAUCGCCUGCCGCACUUCAGCCUCAGCUGGGAGGCCGCACCCGACGAGUUCCGGCCGGAGGACCCCCAGUACCAGCAGGCCCUGUUGCUGUUGGGAGCCGUCUCCUUGUUGUGCCUCGCUCUCGACCUCUUGUUCCUCCUCUUUUAUUCCUUCUGGUUGUGUUGUCACCAUCGGAAGAGUGAAGAACAGCUGAAUGCGGAUUGUUGCUGUACGGCGUGGUGCGUCAUCAUUGCAACUCUAGUGUGCAGCGCUGGCAUCGCGGUGGGCUUCUACGGAAACGGGGAGACCAGCGACGGCAUCCAUCGCAUAACAUACUCCCUACGGCAUGCCAAUCGCACGGUAGCCGGUGUCCAAGACCGGGUGAGUGAGCUGUCCCCGUGGAUGAGGGGCAGGUCCAGAUGUGAUAAACCACUGUCCUCAGAGUCUCAUUCACGUGUGGCUCUGCCCUCCAACUAAUUUUCAACAGUGAUUAACAGAGGGAAGAUUGGUUGGCUUUUUUCGGCAAUGCUCCUUUAGCUGUCGGUUGUCCUCUCCAUAAAAACAGAGUCCAGAGGUGCUAAUUUUGUAUGUUCUUCUACUCCUGGACACACAAUAACAACCACUAGCUUGGUAGAUCA